CAGAGAGACGGGGAGAAAAGAGGGCGACAAUGGCGGCUCAGGCGACGGGCAAUCUGAAGGCGGUGGCUCUCAUCACAGGCGAUAAUAACGUCCGAGGUUGUCUUCAAUUCAUACAAGACGCUUCUGGGACGACCCAUGUGACGGGAACGAUAGCAGGUCUAUCUCCUGGUUUCCAUGGCUUCCAUAUUCACUCCUUCGGCGAUACCACCAAUGGCUGCAACUCCACUGGACCUCACUUCAAUCCGCGGAACAAAGUUCAUGGGGCACCCCAUGAGGGAGAGCGGCAUGCAGGAGAUUUGGGGAAUAUAUAUGCAGGCUCAGAUGGAGUUGCAGAGAUCUCAAUCAAGGACAAACAGAUCCCACUGAACGGGCAGCAUUCGAUACUGGGGAGGGCGGUUGUUGUUCAUGCCGAUCCCGAUGACCUCGGCAAAGGAGGGCAUGAACUCAGCAAAUCGACAGGAAAUGCCGGUGCAAGGAUCGGAUGUGGUAUCAUCGGACUUCAAUCAUCUGUCGAGGCUAAAUUAUAGGCGUCAAGAUCUCAAUGAAAUAUAUCCAGAAGCCACCAAUUCCAUAUGCUGUAUUGUAUGUAUGUAUUUAUGUCGGAGACUAUUUCCAUUGUGAAAAGUUGAACAAUUUUAUUUUACUACAGACCACACAUUUCUCAAAACUUGGAUCCAGGAUGCGAGAUUUUGGAUUUUGUCUG